GCCAAUAAACCCGGGGCUGGGGCGCAUGCUCGGUGCGGCGGCAUGGUGGGCUCCCUGCUGUGUUAUGUCCUGGCGCCGCUCGCCGACCUUCUCCGCCGGAUCGCAGGUCCUUACAUUGAUGAUGACGCUGAAGAAAAAUGUUCAGAGGAUUCGUGUUUGGAAAGUGAUGAAGUAUCCAAUGGCAGUUCCACUCCAUGGCUACCACUUAGCAAAGACCAAACUGCCCUGCUCCAGGAUUGGCUACAAGAAGGGUCAAGUGCAGUUUCAAGAGGGGAGUCAGUAGAGGAGAAGGGUGCAAGUGUCGAUGCUGAUAAACCCCCCCAGCCUUCUCUGACGGAGAUCUGGAAGGUAGAAGAGGCCACCAUGACGUGGCAGCAAGCGAGGAGCAUGCCAGCAGUGAGCCAGCAGUCGGAUCUGUGGCAGCCUGCUGCAGUACAGAGUAAUGAUGAGGACCAGAGUGUCCCAGGAUGGCAGUUGACAUCUACACCAGCGGCUGUCACAGGCUGGCCACCCUCCUCUCGUGGGGCAAAGGAGGGGACCCCAGCUUGGAUGCCAGCACCUCCCCAAAAUGCAGAUAGGAUUGAGCCUCCAACUGGCUGGCAGUUCCAACCUCAACAGCAUGAUCGCCAGGAGAUGGGUAUGAUUGAUUGGCAGUUGAUGUCAUCGCAUGGCAUGAAUCAGCCAGGAGGCAGCAUGAUGUGGCACUUGCCCACCGCGUUAGGAGUGAACGAAGCAACAGCAAAUGCGCUGUGGCAGUUCCAAAAUGAAGGCGAUCUUAUGAUGAACACAGGCCAACUAACCAGAAUGUGGGAGACUUUAACGAGACAGCAAGCGGACAAUGCCAGUGAAGGCAGCCUAUUUGAAUUUACCAUCAUGUCAUACAAUAUCCUGUCUCAGGACCUUCUGGAGACCAAUAGUGAUCUGUACUCUCACUGCCAGCCGGAGUUUCUGACAUGGGAAUUCCGAUUCCAGAAUCUCAUGCAGGAAUUUGAGACCUGGGAUCCUGAUAUCAUGUGCCUGCAGGAAGUUCAGGAAAACCAUUACUAUCAGCAGUUUCGACCAGCUCUCCAACUAAGGGGUUACGACUGCAUUUACAAACGGCGCACUGGUAUAAAGACAGAUGGGUGUGCCGUGUGCUAUAAACGGGACCGGUUUAGCCUCCUCUCCGAGCACCCUGUGGAAUAUUUUCGACCCAUCGUGGAAACGUUGAACAGGGAUAACGUGGCGCUUAUAGCUCUGCUCCGCCCCCUGACUCCAGACUCCGGCCAAGACUGCUCGAAGCUGCCUGACAUCUGCGUGGCAAACACUCACCUCAUUUUCAACCCAAGGCGGGGGGAUAUCAAGCUCACCCAACUGGCUGUGUUGUUUGCUGAAAUUCGGCAGGUGGUGCAGGCAGCUCAUGGUGAUGGCACACACUGCCCAGUCAUCCUCUGUGGCGAUCUGAACUCUGUCCCAGACUCUCCCCUAUAUAAACUCAUCCGGAAUGGAGAGCUGUACUAUUAUGGAAUGCCUACAUGGAAGGUAUCCUGUCAGGAGGACUGCUCCCAUCAGGUGUGUCCAAGGAAACUGUAUGGCCCUCUGUGGCCAAGCAGACUCCGGAUAACUGACAGCUGUCAGUAUGUGGGCAUAUAUGAGAAGAAGACUACAGGAACGCUGAGAUACGGCCGUGAGUUUCUCCUCCAGCUUCGAUAUUCCGCACCAGCACUUGAGCGGCCAGAGCAUCUCGAUUUCAUCGAGGGCGUAACGGAUGCUCAACCAGAGCCUCCUGGAGAUGGGUCAGAGCGCUAUGUCAGUGUGUCUGAACCAGAGGAAGAGCUUUUCUGUAAAAGGUCUCCCACCACCAUCCGUCAUAACCUCAACCUGACCUCAGUCUACAGUCAUUAUCAGUCUGACACGGGACGACCCGAGGUCACCACCUGCUCGUCUGGCUUUGGCCUCACAGUGGAUUACAUCUUCUACUCUGCGCAGCCAGUCGCUGAUAAGAGUGGAAAAGGUCGCCGGCGGUACCAGGAUGGACCUCUCAAGCUGCUGGGUCGGCUUUCCCUGCUUUCCGAGCAUGACGUCUGGCUGGCCAAUGGUUUACCCAAUGGCAUCUGCUCGUCUGACCAUCUGUCCCUCCUUGCCAAGUUUGGGCUGAAGCCCCAUGAUUGACUUUACAAAAAGGAGAAAACUUGCUCCUGGCAGGUGCUUUUGCAAAGCUUUGUGGACCGAGGCCCCUUGGGUGGGUAGAAUGAAGCUCCUAUGCAGGAUACAUAAUUGCCAUUUUAUGGUCUGAAUUAGGCUAUUUUAAUCGUUUUGCUUAUUUUUUUAGUGGUCUGGAAUGUUGAGUAUGCUGCUUUGAGAUAGAUUAUGAAAUUACCAAAGGCAUGUUGGUGGGGGUCAGUGGCAAGUAGGCUGAUGAUCUUGUCACGGAGGGCUUGCAGAAUGUAAAUGUUUGUUGUUUCCCGGGCAAGAUGUCCCACCAGAGCUCCCUGAAACCAAUUAGACACGGUGAUAAUUUGCCAGUGGUUAAUUAUGGACACUGUUGUUUCCCCCACCCCGCGUACUGGAAGCUGAAUGUUGAUCCACCGGUGCUGGUUCCCCUGGGAACAAACCAUUCUGUAUUCCAGGGAGUUGCACUAUCCAAGGCAGAGCCUACUGUCAGUUAUCCAAAGUUGAGCUUUUUCCUCUCCAGCUCUGGAGUUUUUAAAUCUUCUCACUGCCUCUCAGCAGGUUAUGUUCAGUUCUUAACCGGUCCUGGACUAAUAUCCUGGUUUGUAUC